AUGGCGUGCUUCUGUGGUAGCGCUUGCAAAGACAACACUGGCUGCGCAUUUAAAUAUUUAGGAGUUGCUUUUGCCGGCUUCAUCGGUUUCUCGGCCCUUCUCGUCUUGGUCCUUUACAUCAUGGGUCAAAUUUAUAACAUGAGUCUUGGAGAGACCUUCGGCCGACUGCGUGACGCAUUCCGUGAUUCCAAGCCUAAACUCCAAUAA